CAGAGCGGCCGCCGCCUCUGCCGGAGGAGCCGCGGGGCCGCCACACUCGCCCCCCGCCCCCCCCCGCGCUCACUCGCACUCACACCCGGGCGCAGGAGGCGGGCGGCCCGGGCCCCACCGGCCCCCCAUGGACGCCCACGGCACGGGGCGCUGAGACCCCCGCGUCGCUGCCCAGCCCGGUCCAGCGCGCCACGCCGAGGGAUCUCUGAACAGGACAAGACUCCGAAGCUACUCCCCCAGCCCACAGCCCAGGACCCACAUACCCAGCUUGCCCCCAGCCCUCCCACCUGCCACUCCCUGGCCCCUCUCACCGCCCGCCCCCCACCUUGGGGCGCAGGGCAUGGUGUGAAAGGCCAAGUGCUGAGGCGGGUAUCAUGGGUGCUGUGCCCUAGGGCCUGGGUGGCAGGGGGUGGGUGGCCUGUGGGUGUGCCGGGGGGGCCAGUGUGCCCACCCCAGUCUCUUGGCGUGCUGGAGGGCAUCCUGGAUGGAAUUGAAGUGAAUGGAACAGAAGCCAAGCAAGGUGGAGUGUGGGUCAGACCCAGAGGAGAACAGUGCCAGGUCACCAGAUGGAAAGCGAAAAAGAAAGAACGGCCAAUGUUCCCUGAAAACCAGCAUGUCAGGGUAUAUCCCUAGUUACCUGGACAAAGACGAGCAGUGUGUCGUGUGUGGGGACAAGGCAACUGGUUAUCACUACCGCUGUAUCACUUGUGAGGGCUGCAAGGGCUUCUUUCGCCGCACAAUCCAGAAGAACCUCCAUCCCACCUAUUCCUGCAAGUAUGACAGCUGCUGUGUCAUUGACAAGAUCACCCGCAAUCAGUGCCAGCUGUGCCGCUUCAAGAAGUGCAUCGCCGUGGGCAUGGCCAUGGACUUGGUUCUAGAUGACUCGAAGCGGGUGGCCAAGCGUAAGCUGAUUGAGCAGAACCGGGAGCGGCGGCGGAAGGAGGAGAUGAUCCGAUCACUGCAGCAGCGACCAGAGCCCACUCCUGAAGAGUGGGAUCUCAUCCACAUUGCCACAGAGGCCCAUCGCAGCACCAAUGCCCAGGGCAGCCAUUGGAAGCAGAAGCGGAAAUUCCUGCCUGAGGACAUUGGCCAGUCACCCAUCGUCUCCAUGCCGGAUGGAGACAAGGUGGACCUGGAAGCCUUCAGCGAGUUUACCAAGAUCAUCACCCCGGCCAUCACCCGUGUGGUGGACUUUGCCAAAAAACUGCCCAUGUUCUCCGAGCUGCCUUGCGAAGACCAGAUCAUCCUCCUGAAGGGGUGCUGCAUGGAGAUCAUGUCCCUGCGGGCAGCUGUCCGCUACGACCCUGAGAGCGACACCCUGACGCUGAGUGGGGAGAUGGCCGUCAAGCGGGAGCAGCUCAAGAAUGGCGGCCUGGGCGUAGUCUCCGACGCCAUCUUUGAACUGGGCAAGUCACUCUCUGCCUUUAACUUGGAUGACACGGAAGUGGCUCUGCUGCAGGCUGUGCUGCUAAUGUCAACAGACCGCUCGGGCCUGCUGUGUGUGGACAAGAUCGAGAAGAGUCAGGAGGCGUACCUGCUGGCGUUCGAGCACUACGUCAACCACCGCAAACACAACAUUCCGCACUUCUGGCCCAAGCUGCUGAUGAAGGUGACUGACCUCCGCAUGAUUGGGGCCUGCCACGCCAGCCGCUUCCUUCACAUGAAAGUCGAGUGCCCCACCGAACUCUUCCCCCCACUCUUCCUCGAGGUCUUUGAGGAUCAGGAAGUCUAAAGCCUCAGGCGGCCAGAGGGUGUGCGGAGCUGGUGGGGAGGAGCCUGGAGAGAAGGGGCAGAGCUGGGGGCUGAGGGAGACCCCCCACACCCCUUCUCUCCUUCCUCUCAUCCUUGGAUAGAUUCAGCUCCCACACACACACCCGCACUGCCCGGGUCCCUCCUCAGACCUCCAGCCCUGGGACGGGGCAAACAAAUGAACUUGCUAUGGAAAGGACAGUGUGGGAGGCUGGGGACCGCAUCCUGCAGUUCCCAGGACCCCGUCCUCUCAGAAGGUAGGGGAAGGGCAGGGGGGCUGAGAGGGGACAAGCCAUCUUGACCGUAGGGGAAGGAGGAAGUGGGCUGGGGGAAGAUGCCCUCAACUCACCCCCUACACACACACACAAGAGCGAGCCCCCACCCAGUUCCUUGGCCUAGGUCUCCCCUCCAGGCUGAGGGCCUCCCUACUUCCCCAGGUGCCUGGGUACAAAGAACGGCUUGGCUUGGCUCCUCCCCCGGAGGUUAAAAUUUAUAGUUAUUCUAACUGCACUUUGAAAACCAAGCAAGGGGAAAAGACAAAUGAAGAAAAACUAGACAGAGAGAAAAAUACAAAAAAGAGAGAGCGAGCGAUAGAGAGAGAUGAUAUUAAGUUAUUAACUGAGGCUGACCAGAGGGGAGGGACCCCCCCCCCUUACCACCCCAUGCACUUUGAGAGCUGCCCCUCCUCCCCCCACAUCAGAUAGAAAUACCCCCACACCAGAGUCCCAAGGGUAGGGCUGCCGAUCAGAGCUGUGAGUUAACACAACAGGGUCCUGGCCACCCCCUUGCCGAGCCCCGCCCUCUGUGCCCCUUUGGCACCCCCCCAACCCUAGUACAUCCUCUGCUUUCUGCCACUCGUGCCCGCUGAGUUCCAUCUACCUCUCACGCUGGAUGCCAGCUGGCCCCUCACCAGCCUGCCCUGCCGCCCACACAGCUCCCCUUUAAGUGCCCAGCCCUAGGGGCCUCUCCCUGUCCACCCCCUCCUUCUACACCUUGGCACCCACCCAGGAAAAACUGUGGCUCCAGCUCCUACCCUCCUCAUAUCCUGCAGUAUUAGCCAGAAACCGGAUGCUGCUGCAUUGGUGGGGGAGGGGUGGGGGGGGCAGGGGGCUGUGCGUGAGCGUCUCCCAGAGCUUCCCCCCUUAGGCACUCUGUUUCCCUGUUUCCCAUGUCUUCUGGGCUCCCAGCUGGCCAAACGCGCUUCAAACCACCCCCCCCCCCCCCCCCCCCGCUCCUACUCACUGCACUAACUCUGGGCGGGCAGGCACCCGAAUGGGGGUGUUUAGAUAAGUGACACUUAGGGCCACAGGGGAGGGGGUGGUUGGUGCUCCUUUUUCUUUCAAGCUCUUUUGGCCAGCUGCCCCUCUGCCCUGGGACCUGUUCCCCUCUUCUUUUCUCUAAUUCAGGGACUUUGGCUUGAGCCCCUCCCACCCUCUUAGUGAGGGUGCUCUGUUGGUCUGCACUUGGGUGAGCUCCCCUUCUCCCCCUCCCUGUGGCUGCUGCCCACUCCUCAGGGGAGGGAGGGAGAGAGGAGGUGGUCCUCCCACGGGAGCAGGAGGUGGGGUGGGACAGAGCAGACCAGAGGGUGCUGGGCUCAGGGCUGCAUGUCGGCAGGGAUGGAUGGGUGGACAUAGAUGCCCCCGGAAGCCAUGGGGAUUGGGGCAGGGGGUGGGGGGAGGGGUGCCAGGGCUUCCUGCACUUUGCACUAUUGGGGCAAAAAUGUCUUAAGCAGUGGGGAACCUGCCACCCCACCCUGACUCUCAGCCUGCCACAGCCCCCUACACACACACCCACAUACACACACACAUCCAUGUGCACACACGCACAUGGGAAGGCAGUGCUAUGCUGUCUGCCAGGGCACUGUCCUUCCCCCAUCAUUCAGGUGUUCCAAAAGGGGUGGAGGGCCUGGAGGAGCACCCGCUGUCACCUGUGCAUGUGCCUGUCCCACCCUGCUGGGGCCUGGACUGCCCUGCUGUCUUUGUCUCUAUCCUCUCUCUCUCUCUCUCUCCUGGAGUGCUGAUUCCUGUAUUACUCCAGUCCCAUGGGUAGGCUCUCUUGUACCUUCCUCCCACGCCUGGGGGCCCAGUGGAAUUCCUGACCUGUCUGCUGUCUUCCCCAUCCCUCCAUCCCCACCCCAACCCCUCCAUCCCCAUUCUCAGCCAUGGACAUGGCGGAGAAAAGGCCUUGAAGAGCCUUGGCCUCUUACAGGCACUUGGGACUCCCCCACCCUCCCCAAUCAUAUGAGCUGUGAUUCCCUCCUCCCCAGACCCCUCCCCUCCCCCUCGAUGAUGUGGGGUGUAUGCGUGCGUUCCUCUGCGUGAAUGUGUGAGUGAGUACAUGUGGUAGGGGAGGAGCCAGGGCGACUCAGGAGUGCUACGCACCUGCUCUAGAGAGGCAGCUGUCCCAGUCCCUGCUGUGGAAGUAGGGGACAGGGCCCUCUCCUGGGGGCCAUUGGUGCUAAUGAGGGGGAUGGCCUUGACGUGGGUGCUCAGCAUGCCUCCCCCAGUACUGGCCCGGGCACUAGGGCAGGCAGGGUGGAGCAGCAGGUGUAGUAUCGGUGGGAGGACGGGUUGCUGGGAAUAGGACGAGGGGGCCAGGCCAGGACAAGGGGGUGCCAGAGCCAUGACCACUACCCUGCCCCCACCACCUGCCUCUCCAUCUCAGUAUUGCCCCUCCCAUCACUCAUAACACACAUACCUCAUCCAGCCUCCUCCCUGCUCAGACUUGGGGAGGGUGGGGGAGGAGCCCCUACCCCUUCUCCUGGUGGCGGGUCUGCAGGGCUGGGAGAGGGCAGGGCGUGUGACAGAGACACCGUCCAUAAGGAGGACAGUAACUCCUGCCCUGGAAACUCCUGGGCGGGGGGAGGGGGACACUGCCCAGAGGCGCUACUGAAUGUAUGAGAAGCUGGUGCUGGGCUGGAGGGAGGGGGGCGGCUGUGGCCAGAAACAGGGAAGGAGGUAGGUCUCUUCCCCAGGGAGGGGUGGGACCGGUAGGGGUGACUUGAGGGGCUCCUACUCCCGCCCCACGUUGACAAUCAGUAUGUCUGUUAUGUGCGAUUUUUCACCCCGUUGUGUUUUGGGUCAGGAUUUUAAAGAAAGAUAUUUUUAUGGUAAUUGUUGCUCGUCUAUUUUACUAUAUAUUUAUGUAAUAAAUAUAUGAUGAAAAUAACCCCCUUGGGCACCCCCCUUAGACUUGUGUGCUGUUUCCCUAUAUCCUCCCAUCUGCUGGCAGACUACCCACCCCACAAACUGACCAGAUGGAGAGGUGGCCCCCCCAGCCUUGGCAGUAUUUCCACCCCACCCCCCAAACGAGCACACACCACAGAAGCCAGCUCAGCUGUGAACUAUUGGAUUUGAGACAGGAACAGAACAAAUCAGGGGGCCAGGGGAGGGCUGUGGGGGAGAGAGAGUGGUUUAAAUAGGGGAGGAGGGGAAGUUCGGUGAUGGGGGAGGGAGGCAGGUAUUUACAAGAAGGCUCAGGGGGCCAGAGGCUCGUCUUGGAAUAUUUUAUAACAAUAUAAAUAAGAUUCUGGUUUGCUUUUCCUUUUCGUCUCGUAAAGGAGAGAGAAGUGCAGAGUUCGAUUCUGUACAAGGGGGCAGCGGCAGAAGGCCGGCCGGGCGGGUCACUGGGCGUCCACCCGGAAGGACAGCAGCUUCUCGGAAUGCAUGUUGUUCAGGGUCCGCAGGUCCGGCAGCUUGAGCAGCAGCUUGGUGAAGCGGGAAGUCUCCAAGGGCCGGUUCUUCAGCACCAGAGCCCGAAGAGCCCGCAGCAGCGUCUCCUGGAGCUGCUCCACCGAAGCGGAAUUCUCCAUGCCCGAGCGGUCUGUGGGGAAGACGACAGCAGUGAGGCGGACUCCCCGAGCUCCUCUGACGAGGAACCGGAGGUCUGUGAGGACCUGGCAGGCAAUGCGGCCUCUCCCUGAAGCCCCCGAGAGGGCCGAUGGGGAAGGAGAAGGAGAGCCAUACCUUUUCCUAGGCCUCUGCCCCAAGAGCAGGAGAGGCCCGAAUGCUGGGAGCGUGGGCUCAGCAGGGCUGGUCACCUCCCAUCCCGUAAGACCACCUUCCCUUCCUGAACAGGCCGAACAUGGCCCAGCUCCCUUGCUUUUUGCUCUGUAGUUCCCUCUGCCUGGGAUGCCCUUCCCCCUUUCUCUGCCUGGCAACAUCUUACUUGUCCUUUGAGGCCCCACUCAAGUGUCACCUCCUUCCCCAGCUCCCCCAGGCAGAAAUAGUUGUCUGUGCUUCCUUGGUUCAUGCUUCUACUGUGACACUUAUCUCACUGUUUUAUAAUUAGUUGGGCAUGAGUCUGUUUCCCAAGCUAGACUGUGUCUGAAUCAUGUCUGUAUCCCCAGUGCCCGGUGCAGGGCCUGGCAUAGAGUAGGUACUCCAUAAAAGGUGUGUUGAAUUGAA